GGUUAGCACAUAGUACUUUGUAGUCUUUGUUCCACGCGUUUGCCGCAUUCCCCAAGAAAACUCGUUUUUUUUUCACUCUUGACUGCAUGAACAACUCAAUCAACGACCAGUACGUUCUAUCCGAUGUCAUUUUCUAACCUUUUGUCACUACAGCAACCUGGUAUUGGAAAUGGAGAUUUUAAGCACACCCCAUCUCCCCCGAGUACACAUCUGUUUGAGACGCUGAAGAGUAUCGACGAAUUCUCAAACAGCCUAACUCUAAGAGAUGUCGAAAUGCAGGCUCCUCUAUCGGAGGAACUGACCGUCAUCGUCCUUGACACGAACAUACUACUGGACUAUCUUGAUGUAAUACAAGUAUUCGUCACGGAGGUUGAAGAGCAGGGAUUGCCUGUGUUGAUUAUUAUCCCGGGCGUUGUGAUUUACGAGCUUGAUGGGCAGAAGAAUCGCGAGAGGCUCUCUUGGUUUGCCCGUAGAGCAUCAUCAUGGUUGCUGAAAAAGGUGAAGGAACGAAGGUCGGUCAAAGGCCAGGCCUUGAACGAGACGUGCAAAGCCUCGGGAAAUUGGAAAAAGAGGGACCUGGAUGCUGUACUGGAAUUUGGUUCAGAGCGUAGCAACGACAGUUUGAUCAUCGAUUGCUGCAAAUAUUUCCUACGGCAACGGCGAACAUUUUUGUGUAGCAAAGACAAGCUUUUGAUCGUGGAAGCCGAAAGUGAAAGUAGUCGGAACACAUUUUCUAGCUGGGAUAUUGCUCAAGUUCUCUUUGGGGCUGAGGCUACUCGCUUCAAGUUCAGCAGAUCUCAUGCAACUUAUCGAAAUUCAUUGGAGACUUUGAUACAAGUGACGCCUGCACCAGAGCCAGAGGAUGACGGAAUGGAUGUCGACGAUGAUGCCUCUUCUGUACCUCAGCUUCUACAGCCAACCCACUCACUAGAUCUCCUCCACCUGCAAGUGAUCGAUUAUUUCACGGGGUUGCUUCUGGAACUAGUUGCUCGUGUAGCGGGCCCUGAUGUGCGGAGUUUUGGCUGCAGCAACUCAGCAUCAAAACAUGCGCCUUCCUAUUCAAGAAAGAAUUUUGCAACGUGGGGUGCUGUAGAUUGUUUGGACUACCUAGGCGCGAAGAAAAGGCUGCCUAGGACUAGUCCACGGGUGGACACCUUCAUGACACGGCCAUACAAAGGUGUGGGGGCACGGAGAGGUCAAGAUUGGUCCCGACGGGAUUGGGAGACGGGGUUAAAGGGGCUGAGGGAAAUAGGCGAUGACUGGCAAGAAGGAUCUAUUCGUGAGUCAGUGCCUGCCGCCGAACUUCACAUCAGCCGUGUAUUUGCGAUGCCGAUGCGGCCAACGGGGCUGUGAUCGAAGUCUCCCAUGGAAUCGCCCCGUAACACUAAUGCAUCAUGAGAUAAGCAGACCGUAGGCAUGAGGCUAUGGCAGUCGAAUCAGAAUGUGUAAAUGUUGACUUGACACAAUGUUUCAAUCAUGGUCCAAA